UGACGAUCGCUCUUUUGCAAAGCCCUAGAUGAUGACAUCCUCAAAUGUCUUGUUUUGUCCUGACCAACAGUCCACCAUCCAAAGAUCCUCAGUUUACUCAUAGAAGACUAAAGAAACCAGAAAAUAUUCACGUUUUAGAAGCUGGAACCAGAGAAUUUUGACUUUUUUUUCCUUAAGAAAUGACUCAAAACGAUUGUUCGCUUAUCAAAAUAGUUGGCAACCAGUCACUUAAUCGACUAAUAGUUGAAGUUCUACUUCAAAUGUUUCAUCUCACCAACAGUCCAAAAUACAAAGAUAUUCAGUUUUUAUCACUUAUGACAACAAAAGUAUCAAAUCAUCACAUUUGAGAAGCUGGAACCGAUCUUCUUCUCCCUCAGCCAUCAGCGCUGAGCCUGGCCCUCUAGUCUCCCAUCAUGGACAACCUGGAGGAGGACCUGACGUGCUCGGUGUGCUACUCUCUCUUCGCUGACCCGCGAGUCCUGCCGUGCUCGCACACCUUCUGUAAGAGCUGCCUGGACAACUUGCUCCAGGUGUCGACCAACUACUCCAUCUGGCGUCCACUGCGCCUGCCGCUGAAAUGCCCCAACUGUCGCAGCGUGGUGGAGCUGCCCCCGACGGGCGUAGACGCUCUGCCCACCAAUGUAUCUCUGCGGGCCAUCAUCGAGAAAUACCAGAGUGACAGCGAGCCGCGACCCCCCACUUGUGAGGAGCAUCACAGGCAGCCUCUGAACAUGUACUGCAUCCAGGAUCGGCAGCUGAUAUGCGGGUUGUGUCUGACUAUCGGGCAGCACCAGGGCCACCCCAUAGAUGACCUGCAGGCGGCUUUCAUCAGAGAAAAACAGACCCCGUCGCUCCUGCUGGCCAGACUGUCUGAGCAGAGAUGGGCACAGGUGUGUGAGCUGGGGGAGCAGCUGGAACAGGAGAAAGCUCGCUGUGAGGGCCUGGUGAGGCAGGACCGACAGGAAGUCAAUCAGUUUUUUCAGACGUUGGAGGCGGCGCUAACCAGGAAGAGACAAGCUUACCUGGAGGCUCUGGAUAAAGCUGGUGCAGAGGUGUCGCGGGCCUAUGACCCACUCAUCCACAGGGUGAAGGAGCUACAGGAAGAGCAGUUGGACCUGGUGUCUUUGGGUUCGUCAGUAGAGGAGGAGGACUCGCCGCUGGUCUUCCUGGAGAAAGUGCAUCUGUUCAGAGAGCGGGUGGAGGAGUUCAUCAAAGCGCCUCUGCCCUCUGUGGUAAACCUCUCCGUCACUCCGCGAGCAGCAGAGUACCUUCAGCAACACUGGCCCGCCGUGACCGUCGGGAGCCUGGAGGAAGCACCUGUUCCCAGGGUGUGCUGCUGUGCCAGAUGUGGCGGUGCGGAGGCUGAAACCGAAAGGGGUCAGUCUGACAGCCGGGUCCAGGACCAGCGGUUUGAGCUUCAGCCCACGUCGUCUGUGGUGCUGCUUGGUCUUCUGCUGCUGCUGGCGGCGCUGUGGGUCAACCCGGUCGGAGGGGCGUCGCUCGGAUUCUCGCUGCUCUCUCGGUUCAGUCAGCUGGUUCACGGCCUGAGCAGCGAACUCAUCUCGUCUGCGUGGGACUCUGCGGGGUCGGCUUACACGGUGAUGGAGGCAGCUAUAGAGAGAUGGAGCUGUCAGCUUUCCUCUGCGGGAGAAAAAGCCUUCCAGCAGCUUACUGCCUUAUUCAAAACUCUGACAUCCUAUUGAAAGAGACCAAACUGGAACCCUCGAUGUUUAUUUAGAAGCUGAGAAAGUCUCACUUCCCUCUUUCCUGUUUUGUAUAAAAGGAAAAAAAUCCACCCUGAUACACUUUUUAAACAGAAUUUGCAUUCCUGAGUCUAUUUUGAUGUUUUUUUUAGUUUGAUAGAGGAAACAUUCAACCAAAAAUCAUGAACAUUUGAUGCAAGUGUGAGGGUGGAAUUUUCCCUUUUUAUCCUCUUCAGGCCUGGUGAAAACACGGAAGUGAGAACUGCACAUAAAACGUUUGAGCACAUUUUCAGUAGCCAAUAUAAUCGUCGCACAUAUCAAAUUGUGUUAUUGUUGAGCAUUACUGUCCUUUAUCUGGGUGUAUUACUCCAGGUUACAGUCAUACCGCCUUACUAACAUCAGCUUUUAUCAUGUAAAACACUACAUGCACUGUGUGAAACUCCUACUUUUCCCAUCAUGCAAUGAGACAUUUCAGCUACUUUCCUGCUGUGUCAUGAAGCUCAGGACAUCAGUACAGCUGCACGUGUAUCUCCUUACACAAGACUGUUUACAGUGAAAUUUAGAGCACGGUGAAUGGAUGCAGACGCGCACUGGAGCUGUCCCGAAGCCUCCACAGAUCAUGUUGCAUUGAUUCACGGCUCCGAGUGGCUCCUUUACUGUGCCUUUAAACCACUACGCCUUUACCUCGCCCCACUUAAAAGCUUUAUCGUAGUGGACUGGUAAUUCCACCAGGGCCAAUAUGUCUUGCUGAGAGCAGUGCUCUUUUUACUAAACAGCGCACUGAUAUAUAGUCUGUUUUUAAAAUUAUUAUUGCCUUUGGAAAAGCUCUUCUUGAGACUGUUUUGCAUCCCACAAAUGUUACCUACAUUUCGCUCAUGCAAACUUAAGUAGGGCUGAUUGUACUGUAUCUGUCAUAUCAGUGUACGCCAAGCUGCAUUCCUAAAUAAAUAAUCUUAUUUCAAGCGUCAGACUGAACAAAUCUCA